AUGUCUUACAACAAGCCUGAGAAGGACUUCGGCGAGGGUCCCAAGAUCCACAAGAUCCGCAUCACUCUCACCUCGCGCAACGUCAAGUCGCUCGAGAAGGUGUGCCAGGAGCUCAUCGACCGUGCCAAGAACAAGGAGCUCCGCGUCAAGGGUCCUGUCCGCUUGCCCACCAAGCACUUGAAGAUCACCACCCGCAAGACCCCUUGUGGUGAGGGUUCCAAGACCUGGGACACCUUUGAGAUGCGCAUCCACAAGCGCCUCAUUGAUCUCCACGCACCCACCGAGGUCGUUAAGCAGAUCAUCAUCAACAUCGAGGCUGGUGUCGAGGUCGAGGUCACCAUCGCCGCAUAA